AGCCUAGAAACUUCGAACCUUAGUUGUUUUAGGAGGAAACUAAAAAGAGAAGCAAGAUUGUUUGUUUGUGUGUGAGGAGAGGGGACGAGAUGUGAAAUAAUUUGGGAAGAGAAGGUUUGGAUACACAUCCUUAAUCCUGCCCACACGCACAUAAAAUACAUCAAGCAUCUUGGGGACUAGAUAGAUGUAUCCUUUGUCAUGAAAUUCAAAGGAGUGAACACCAAAAUUAAAGUACAGACAACAUGAAAUAUGCCGGUGUCACUCCUCCAUGGAUCUGAUAUGCUACGCUAGGGUUUCAUUUGGAUGUGUUCUCACUUCUCAUCUACACUCUCUUUUUAGUUUCAACUCCCUAUGCAAGAAAUCCACAGUUGAUAUACAUCAGAUGAUCAGGACCAUCUUGCAUCUUGUCAAUGUAUUAUGUAUCUGUUGUUCAUAAAUAAAUAAACGUGGAUUCUAAUGGAAGGAUACCACACACGUGACAUGUUUGGCAAUUUUUCCUAAAUUGAAUAACAUAUUUUUUUUUCUAAAUAUAAAACAUAGCAUUUUUAUGGUUUAUGGUUAUCAUUUCUCAGGAACAUUGAUUUAUUAACUUGGUGCAGAAUGAUGAAGAACCAGAAGAUGUAGUGAAGGAAAAGCCUGCUCGGGAGGGCACCGGAGUCAAAAGAAGUAGGAAUGCACAAGUUCAUAAUUUAUGUGAAAGGAAGCGAAGAGAUAAGAUCAACAAGAGGAUGCGUAUAUUGAAGGAGCUCAUACCCAAUUGCAAUAAGACGGACAAAGCAUCAAUGCUUGAUGAUGCCAUCGAAUAUCUUAAGACCCUAAAGCUUCAGAUACAGAUGAUGUCAAUGGAUGCUGGAUUUUGUAUACCUUUUAUGAUGCUACGUAAUGCUGCUCAUCAUAUGAUGAACACACCCCUUUUACAUCAGUUAAUGGGACUUGGAAUGGGGUUCAGGCCAGACACAGCCAUACCUUGUAGCCUCCCUCAGUUCCCUAUUACACCUUUGCCUGCCAUCACUGACAACAGAGUUCACUUUUUUGGUUUCCCUAACCAAGUGCCACCCAUGCCAAUUUCUCAUGCACCUUUCAUUCCAAUGCUUGGAAAUCCUUCUACACAAACCCCUCUUGCAACUAGCACAGCUAUCAACCUGGCAGAAAACCCUGCUUCUUCCCAGUUAACAACUCUAAUGGCCUCAGUCCCCAAGAACUUGUAUCUAAGUGGGCAAUCUGAAUAUGCAACAAAGCAAGCACCGAGUCAAGUUUCCCUUCACCACUAGCCAUCAAUUUGUAUCCCACAAAGAGAAGAAAAGAAAUAAAAUUUAGCAUGUCAAAGGCAAUUGCUAUAAAAGUCUAUUUAAAGAUUGUGGGAUCUGAUAAUAAAUAUUCAGCAACUAGACACUGACACUUCAUAGUUUGAUGCUUUACUGCUUUGAAGCACUGUGAACAUGGCCAUUGGAUUCAUUGGAGCUUGGAAACAUAAAAGUAUGGUCUUAGUUAUCAUCCAAUAUCAUUCUGUAUGAAUUAUUCAAAUUAAGGUGUCUUAUUAGGCGAUGAAGGCUUCUAAUUAAUAACAACACAACAUUUAAAUCUGUUGCCAAGUGCUUCAUUCACUAACGCUGUGAUGUGCAUGGUAAAUAUGACAGGACAUCACUUUGUAAAGAAUGAAAGUUGAAGUACAAAUAGUAUUCUACAUUUUGAUGAUAGG